AUGGAAAACGUAGGUUCACCUAGUAGUACAACCUCUGAAGGUUUUACUCCCUUUAUAAUUGAUCCAUCUCAUCCUUUAUAUGUACAUCCGUCUGAUAGUCCUGGUAGUCAACUAGUGUCUGCACCUUUUAAUGGUUGUGGUUUUGUUCUAUGGAGAAGCAGUAUGCUUACCUCCUUAUCUGCAAAGAACAAAUUAGGUCUUCUAGAUGGUAGGGUCCCUCAACCAACACCUGAUUCUCCCUAUUAUCCAUAUUGGGAAAGGUGCAAUGAUAUGGUGAAAGCAUGGAUAAAUAAUUUUGUAUCUAGAGAAAUUGCCACCAGUGUCAUGUGUCUUAAAACUGCAAGAGAAAUCUGGAAAGACAUUAAUGAGAGGUUUGGUCAGUCAAAUGGAUCAAAUAUAACAACAAUAAAAACUUUACCCAGAGAGUCAAUUUUGAACCCAAGAAGAAUAUGUCCACAGUAUAUGCAAAUACUGCAAGAAAUCUGGACACACAGUGGAAAAAUGCUACAUGCUGCAUGGUUUUCCCCUGACUUCAAGUUUACUAAGGGUAAGAAGUCUGCUUCUUGUGUCCAAGGAGAAGUUCUCUAUUCUCAACCACCUUCUGGGUCCAAUCAGACUCCUGGUAACUCUACUUCAGCUCAUGGUUUCACUAAGGAGCAGUAUCAGCAUCUCCUCACUUUAUUCCAGCAAGUUCAGAUCUCCCCUGCUGCUACAUCAUCUAUCCAAUCAGAUGAGGAUUCAGCUUUUGGUCACUUUGCAGGUUUAUUUACUGCCUAUGCUGUAGAAUCUGUAGAUUCUCAUGUGUGUGCUUCUUCACAAUUAAAUCCAAACCCUUGGAUCUUGGAUUCAGGGGCCACUAAUCACAUGACUCCACACAAAUUUCUGCUUCACAAUGUUGUCCCUUUAUCUAAACCAUUCCAUGUCACCUUACCUAAUAGAUACAAGGUUAAAGUUAUAUCAACUGGCUCUUUGCAUCUAAGACAUGAUAAUUUACUUAAUGUCCUCCUAGUUCCAUCUUUUCAUUUCAAUUUAAUUUCUAUUCAUCAACUCUUUACUCAGCUUGAUUGUAUAGCAGUAUUUACCAAAUUCCAUUGUUCUCUACAGGGCCCUUCUCUGAAGAGGCCACUGGUAAUUGGUAAGGCUGCUGGCAGGCUCUACUAUCUUCAUCCUGAUGGAAAUUUAUUUCCCACCACAAGUUCUUCUGUAUCUUCUGUUGUUACUACUACUUGCAGUGAGUCUGUUUUUAAUGUAGGUUCAAUUCCAUGUAAUAAGUCUAUUUCUGCACCUUUACAUCUUGAUGUUUCACCUAGUUAUAAUCAGACUUUACUUGUCAAUAAGAUGGAUUUACUUUGGCAUCAAAGAUUGGGUCACAUGCCUUUUCGUAAGAUGCAGUCUAUUUCUUUUCUAUCUAAUAAAGUCUCUGCCAAACAACCUUUUAUAUGUUCAAUUUGUCCAAUGGCUAGACAACAAAGACUCCCUUUCUAUGACAGUACCAUUCAUUCUACCAAACCUUUCCAACUUGUUCACAUUGACAUAUGGGGACCAUAUAAUACUAAAACUUACAAUGGUUUUAGGUAUUUUCUCACCUUAGUUGAUGAUUUUACUAGAGUCACUUGGACUCAUCUUCUUUCUUCCAAGAGUAAUGCUUUGUCAAUCCUUAAGUCUUUCACUUCUAUGGUGAAGGUUCACUUCAACUCUUCAAUACACACUUUUAGAUCAGAUAAUGCUUUUGAACUUGGGAGCAGUUCUGAAGCCAUUAGUUUCUUUGCUUCUCAGGGCAUUCUACAUCAAACUUCCAUUCCCUAUACUCCACAACAAAAUGGUGUUGUGGAGAGGAAACAUAAACAUCUUUUAGAAGUCUCAAGAGCCCUACUCUUUCAAUCCAAACUACCACUGAAAUUUUGGGGGGAAUGUGUUCUCACUGCCACAUACUUUAUCAACAGGAUGCCUUCACCACUUCUUCUUAAGCUUUCCCCUUUUAAAAAGUUUCAUGGAUAUCCACCUUCCUAUGACCAUUUGAGAUCUUUUGGGUGUCUCUGCUUUGCUACCUCUCCUAAGGGAUGUGGUCUUCCAUUCACAAUUUUCCCUAUUCUUCUUCUUCUCCUCCUCCUUCUUCUCACUUUAAUUUCUUCUCCUUCCACCACCAUUAUUCCUGAUCCUCUCCCCAGUUCUUCUCCUUCCACCACCAUUAUCCCUGAUCCUCCUCCCUUAAGGAAGUCCACCAAAAUUGUCAUACAACCUUCUUAUCUUAAGGAUUAUGUUUGCUUCUCUGUCCUUUCCAACCCUGUUCCUCCACAAUCUAAAAUUUCUUCCAGUGAAGCUCACAUGCUUGAACCUCAGUUCUACCAGCAGGUUGCAGGUAAUCCUGCUUGGCAAGAGGCCAUGCUAAAGGAAUUCCAUGAUCUUGAGGCUAAUCAGACUUGGUUGGUUAUUAGAAGUGAUACACAGAGGGAGGGUAUAGAUUUUACUGAAACUUUCUCCCUUGUUAUCAAGCUCACUACCAUCAAAUGUCUUCUGACUCUUGCUAUCAAGAAAGGUGGGACUGUGUACCAGCUGGAUGUUAAUAAUGCUUUCCUCCAUGGUGAUCUCCAUAAAGAAGUAUAUAUGAAAAUUCCUCCUGGCCUUGAUGUCUUCUCUGACUCUUCUUCAGCUCCUCUAGUAUGCAAACUCAAGAAAUCUCUAUAUGGCCUUAGGCAAACUUCCAGACAAUGGUUUUCAAAAUUGUCUGAAGCUUUGCUCUCAAGGGGCUACAUCUCUAGUCUCAAUGACUACUCUCUCUUCACCAAAUCCUCUUCUGGUUCUCUAGUGGUUCUGGCUGUCUAUGUUGAUGAUAUACUAUUGGCUGGUGAUGAUCUUGCUGAAAUGCAAUCUCUGAAGUCUUUUUUGGAUGAUUAA